AUGCCAAAAGGCCCCAGCACCCCACCCCCGCCGCACCCCAAGAAAGUGCACGGGUUCGUCGACGACGACGCGCCACUAGACGACUACGAGAACGCCGUGGCGGAUCGCGAGAGCCAGGAUAUCCACCGGCUCGCGGACGAGCCGAAUGUUGCUGCCGCACGCAGGGCGAAUAAGCCCGAGGUGCCGAAUUCCACGAAGACGGGGAAGCAUAAGGGGACGACGGGGUCGAAGUAUAGGUCACAGUGAGCGAGUCCGAGCUCGAGCCUCACUCGUUCUCUUAUUUUUGUUUCAUGAUGAGGGUUUGAUGAUUCGGGGUUCUAAAGGGUUUUGUUGGUGUAGGGCUCAUUUCUUCUUGGGGGUGUGAGUGGGAGUGUGGUUUAGUGUUUUAUGGAACGAG